AUGAGGAUGAGGAAGUCUUUGUACAAGAAGUUAGUUCAAAAAAAUGUUUCAAAGAAAAAGAAAUUUGUGGGUGCUAGCAAUGUGCGAGGUCCUCUCGAUAUAAUUUAUCAGAUUGAUCAUGGAAAAGAAAAGCAAAGUACACUUGAUAAAAAUAAUCCAAUAAAAGAGAAGUUAAAGAUGAAGGCUUGGGAUAAAAUUGCAACUUGGGCUUAUUCGGUUGGUUUACCCUUCAAUGUUGUACGUGACGAAGGUUUCCAAGAUAUGAUCAAUUCCAUUGGUGAAUAUGGAAGAGGUAUGCCAGCUCCAUCUUAUCACAAUAUUCGUGUCACAUUGAUGAAAAAAGAUUUAGAAGAUACUCAAAAGUUUGUGGAUUCAUUCCGACCACAUUGGGAGGAAUAUCGGUGUAGCGUUAUGUCCGAUUUUUGGACAGACGGUAAAGGAAGAUGUUUGAUAGAUUUCUUAGUCAAUUGUCCUCUUGGAACGUUCAUUACAAACAACGGAUCAAACUUUAAAGCUGCUGGAAAAAAUUUAGAAGAGCAACAUCCCAAGUUGUUUUGGACUCCGUGUGCAGCACAUUGUGUGAAUCUCAUGAUAGGAGAUAUUGAAUGGAAGAAAAGUGACUUUGCAAAGAAGUCGAUUGGAAAGAAAGUUGAGCAAAUAGUUGCAAAACAGGAAUUUUGGGACAGCAUACACUUUACUUGUCAGGUGCUAGCUCCUUUAGUGGAUGUGGUCAGAUUGGUUGAUACAUAA